GGGAAGGGGGGGUUUACUUUGCCUCAUACACGGCAAGGGAGCUUUAACCGACAAUCCCCCCUUGAAACAAUCAUCCAUACCUGCCGAAGGUUGAUCCCGAUCACGUCCACCAGGCUUGAGGUAUGCUAUUACGACAGUGGACUUACUCGAGCAGGUUAGACCCAGGCACGCCCAAUUGUCCAGUUGGUCAGUGUGUUGAUCCAGGGUGCCGUCGGAAGUUGGAAAGCUGCAUCCGGACGAGAAAGGGAACAGCCCUAAGCCGUGCUUGGUUGCGUGGCUGUCGUCUCAGAUCCCUGCCGCCCAGGCUAUACGGACUAUCUUAUGGUGGAUGGUGGGUUGCCAUUGGACGCCUCUUGGAUAGUUUGACUCUGGUGGUUGACGGAGGGUUGACGGGGGAUGACGGAGGUUGACGGGAGGACGGUGGUUGUUGAUCUGACCCGCGAUCUCGAGUCAUUGAUGGAACUUGAAGCUGAAGGUGGGUUGGUGGGUGGUGGGUGGAUGGUGCCUCGCUCCGAGGAACCACUCGUUAGUCAUCCGGAGAUAAGACGAACGGACC